AAAGCAAAAAACUCACACUUUUUUCAAUUUUUUAAAAAAGAAAAAAAAAAUUUCUUUAUAGAAAUAUAUAUUUUUUGAGAAGUCUCUUUUUGUGAAUUUUUUUUCCGAAAACCCAAUAUGUCUACCCUAGAGUCUGUGGCCGCCGAUUUGUUAAGAUAUAUCCAAACGGAUUUAAAGUCGUUUGAUGAAGAUUAUCGCGCUACCCCGGAAAGUUUCCGAUCUCUACCCGCUCUUAAAUUCCAAAAACGGGAAUUAAGUGAAUUAUGGGCUAAAAUUGACCGUAAAUUCACCCAAAUUAGAGAAUCUGCCGAUAUUCUGGAUCCGAAGAAAGCUGAAGCCAUAAAUUUAAGCGAAGUUGUUAGGCAAGUCAGAUCUGCUAAAGGAUUUUAUAGGUCAAGUAUGAUCUCGAUUGACGAAUCUAUUGAGGAGAUUACGAAGGAAAAUGAAACCCGACCAUCUUUACCCGAACCCCCACAACCCAGCAGUUCUGCAGGUUUCACUGUACCCCCUUGUGAUAUGCCAACGUUCAGCGGAGAUUUCAAAAGCUGGGCUUCGUUUAGGGAUCUUUUCAAGGCCAUUUAUGGCAAUAAUACCCGUUUAAGUGGAGUUGAAAAACUUUUCCAUCUUAAACAAAAAACAAGCGGCGAAGCCAAAGAAAUAGUAGACAAUGCACCCUUAACAAAUGAUGGCUUUCUUAUUGCGUGGAAUCAAUUAGCUUCUCAGUAUGAGAAUCGUAGGAUGCAAAUUAACGCGCAAUUAAAAACCCUAUUGAAUUUACCCUUAGUAAGCACCAUGUGUAGUGCUUCUAUAAGAAAGCUUCAGAGAAAGAUAAAUUGUUGUAUUGCAAAUCUGAACUCUUUAGACAUAGAUACGGAUCAGUGGGAUCCUAUCUUAGUAUAUUUAUGCACAUCGAAAUUACCCAGAGAAACCCGAAGAGAAUUUGAGAAAUCUCUUCCAGAUUGUGCAGAGAUGCCUUCUUGGACUGACUUAGAUGUAUUUUUAACUAACACAUUUAAAGAACUAACUUCGGUUAAUGAUGUCCAGGACCAUAGUAUUAACCAUACCCACCCUAAACCCAAACAAUUCCAAGAUGUUAGAACACAAUAUGACAGAAAAGGCAAAACAUUUCAUAACGUAACAAAUGAUUCGAAUGGGAAAAACCCAAAAAAUCAACCAAAACCCAUAAAAAACCCACCCACCCACAACCCACCCACCCAAAACAAACGUAAAACCGAACAAAAAUUCCCCCUUCCAACCCAACCAAACAACCCAAGCACCCAAAUUAAACAUGAUGGUUCUAUUUGCAAGCUUUGCAGCGAAAACCAUACUUUGAGGGAAUGUUCGUCAUUCAAUUCUCUUGGAAUAAACGAGAGAAUUGAGUUUGUAAAGAAACAUGAAAUAUGUUACAAUUGUUUAGCCGUCGGUCAUGUCAUACAAGCUUGUCGCAGUACAUUCAUAUGUAGAUAUUGCGGUGGACGACAUAAUAGUCUAUUGCACCGACCAAAUUCGAGGAUAAACCCACAUAAUGAAGAUAAUCAGGCAUCUUCAUCGUCAAAUACAGUUCAGUCUUUCUCAACCCACACCCAAUCAAGCAAACCCACACCCAUUGAUGACAGAACGAAGUUAUUAGGAACAGCAGUUCUGAAUGUAGAAGUCCAAGGUGAAUUGUUUCCAGCUAGAGCGCUUAUUGACCCAGCUUCAGAUUUCUCAUUUAUAACAGAUAAACUAAGAAGAAUGUUACAUUUACCCACUACACCCAUAGUUGCAGAAAUUUCUGGAUUAAAUGAGAUAGUUUCUGCAAGAUCAACUAAACUGUGUCAAGUUUCUCUACGCUCGAAUACCCAUAAUAAUUUCAAAUUGAAUAUCCAAGCAAUUGUAGUGAAAACACUUACAAAAAAUUUACCCACCCAAAGUUUAAACCCAACCCUAAUAAAAGACUUGGAAGAUAUUCAAUUAGCUGACCAAAAGUUCUAUGAAAGCAGACCUAUAGACUUUAUAAUUGGCAGCGAUUUUUACCCUCAAAUAUUGAAAUCUGGAGUACGGAAAGAUCUUCUCAAUACCCUAAUAGCUCAGGAAACUGAGUUUGGCUGGAUUUUAACCGGACCCAUUCAGAACACAAACAAUACUCAACCCUUAGUUUCAUACUUCAGUUCAGUCACGCUUGAUAAAGUUUUGACCAAAUUCUGGGAGAUUGAAGAUAUAUCCACCCAACCCAAAGUUUCAGAGGAAAGUUCUUUAUGUGAAGAAACUUUCAUGACCACUACCCGUCGAUUACCGAAUGGCCGUUAUCAAGUUAACCUUCCAUUUAUAUACCCUCCUGUUGAGUUAGGAAACUCUAGACACGUUGCUAUGGCUCAAUUUCUACGAAACGAGAAAAGUUUAAUGAAAAAGCCAGAGCUUAAAAUGGAAUAUGAUAACGUGCUACAAGAGUAUAUCGAAUUAGGUCAUAUGAAACAUAUAAAAUAUAACCCAAACACUCCUUCAAACACCCAUUAUUAUUUACCCCAUCACGCUGUUGUUAAACUUGAUCGUGUUACGACAAAAGUUCGAGUUGUAUUUAAUGCAUCUAGCAAAACCUCGAACGGCAACAGUCUUAAUGAUACCCUAUACACUGGUCCUACCCUACAACAAGAUUUAGUUGUACUUAUCUUGAAAUGGCGCUUUUAUAAGAUAGUUUAUAAUGCCGACAUUACAAAAAUGUACCGGCAAAUUAUGCUAAACCCUAUCCAUACACCCUUCCAACGAAUAUUAUUCCGUAAAAGCGUCAACGAACCCAUUCAAGAUUAUGAACUGCAAACAGUUACAUUUGGUGUUAACUGUGCGCCAUACUUGGCUAUUAGAACACUACACGAAUUAGCCAAAGACAUUCAAAAUACCCACCCUAUCGCUUCGCAAACACUGCGAAAUAAUAUGUAUGUAGACGAUGUAUUAGCCGGAGGUCACACCAUUGAAGAAGCUAAAGAAGGCCAAACCCAACUGAUCGCAGCGCUUGACUCUGCUGGUUUUCCUUUAAGAAAAUGGAUCUCAAAUACGAGGGAAUUGUUGAAAGAUUUACCCGAAGAUCACCUACUUGAUGUGGAUUUACUCAACCUUCCAGAAUCGAAUAAUGCCAAAACAUUAGGAAUCCGAUGGAAUGCUAAAGAAGAUACGUUUUUCUUUAAUGUACCCUUAAUUGAAAGAAAAUCAGCAUACACAAAGCGAACUGUGUUAUCAGACAUUGCUCGUCUUUUUGACCCAGCUGGUUGGUUAGCGCCAAUUGUUAUAUCUGCCAAGAUUAUUAUGCAGCAAAUUUGGCAAGAUAAUACAGCUUGGGAUGAAUGUCUUAACCCACUCACCCUUAUAAAAUGGCAAAAGUUUUUGCAGUUCUACGAUAAUAUUAAUAGAAUUCAUAUUCCAAGAUGGAUUAACUUUUCACCUUCAGCAAAAAUUGAGUUUCAUGGUUUUUCAGAUGCUUCUGAAAAAGCAUACUCGGCAUGUCUGUAUGCACGAGUAACACCCAUAGACGGACCUAAUUCCGUAACCCUACUCUUCGCUAAGACGAGAGUUGCGCCAAUCAAAGUAAUCUCGUUACCAAAACUUGAACUUUGUGGUGCAGUGUUGUUGGCAAAUAUGACACAUAAUUUACUCACCCAACUCAACCUACCCUUACAUCAGACGUAUUUCUGGACCGACUCAUCUAUAGUUUUGGCCUGGCUUAGUAAACACCCUAACUCGUGGAACACAUUUGUAGCAAACCGAGUUUCUGGAACCAUGUUGCUUCACACGAUAAUCCUGCCGAUGUUGCUAGCCGAGGAUGUAAUGCUGAUGAGUUAAAAGAUGACACUUUAUGGUGGAAUGGACCAUCGUGGUUGAAAGAAGUCGCGUCGAAGUGGCCAACAACAAAUAAACACUUCAUUACUCAAGCUGAAGCUAAAGUUAGUCAGUCGUUUACUACG